GCUCGCCGAGGGACACUCCUUACCUGUCUCGGCAACUGUCUGGUCUGCGGAGGUGUUCUGGGGGUAGACAGGUUGAGCUCGAGUUUGCGUGAACCCUGCCUGCCUCUUCUUCGACCUAUCCAACUGUCUACCGGAUUAAUUCUCUUUGUCACACACGCCAUUGAGACCUGUUUCACCACAAGGGCACACCAACUCGCCUCUACGGCUGGACGUACAGCAGAAAUACAGCCAAGCUCGAAAGAUAACAAAGUGGAGCUGUCGCGUGUCUACGUCUCUUCCACCUCUGGUUGCCAUGUCUACGUCAAGGACGACUCUGCAUACAAGGAACCAGGUGUCGAUAGGUACUUUGAGGCCUUCGUGCUUUCACAUGGUGCACCAGUUCUACUGGGAGGAGAUACGAGCUUUUGA